UUCAUUCAACUUCGGAGCUAUUGGGGUCAAUACAACGUGGAACAAUAAUGUCAGAAAAUCGAGAGGUUACUUUGGCUGACUUUCAGGCUUGCUCGGGGAUUGAGGACGUUGGUGAGGCAAUUAUGCAUCUUGAGAAUACUAAUUGGGAUCUGGUGGCUGCUUUGAACAAUGCGAUGCACCACGAUACACAGCAAUUACCAUCGGAAAUGAGUCCAGACAUUGAGAUGAUGGAGGUUGUACAGGGAGUGCCAGUUGUAACAUUUUCGUCAUCCUCAGAUGUGACAAAAAACAAAAUACAACAAAGUCAGCAAGAUUAUUUCGCCAAGCCCGGAACAAGCAGCCUGAAAAAGUCGAAAUCUACAAUACUCACAUUCAACGUCAAAUAUUUGGACCAUAUUUAUAAAAUUGAUAUUUCAGACAGCUGCACGCUGAGUGAUCUAAAAGAUGCUAUCUUUAAGAAAACCAAUGUUGUUCCUUGUCAACAAGAACUCGAAGGAUGGAAUAAGGAGGGGCCAAAGACAAAUAAUGUGAUGCUCCAAAGUUUGAAUUUGCCGGCCGAAAAUUUCUUAAUGCUCAAUCCGAUAGUAGAGAUUGGAGAUUCUACUUUAAACGCGAUUACACUAUCAGAUCGUCUAUCACAAACAUACAUGCUAAAUAUAAAGGACGAGGUAUACAACAAAACUUACAAUUUAAAAUAUCCUGGUACAGCGUCAGUUCUAGACGUUAAAACUGGCGUUUUCACCUUAAUCGACGUUCCAGUAAGAAAUCAACAGUGGAAAGGCUGGCCAACCACCGUUGAAGAUGAUAAGAUAAAUCUAGCACAAAGUGGAAUAUCGUUUCCAGAGCACAAUUUAACUGUGUCUAAAAUGCCAAGUAAAGAAAAACCAGUUGUCGAUCUAGUGAACAGUGAUAGCUCUGCCGACGAAAAUGAAGAUGUUGAGGAAUUCGAAGACGCUCCAGGGUCUUUUAUCAUUGAAGAUGACCAGUUCAUUGAUAAUAUUACUCCAGCUAAAAUCCUACGCUUAAUGCCAGAUAAUGUUGAAGAUGAGACAAUGGGGACUCUACACUUUGCCGAUCAAUUUGAGAAACGUUACGGUUCAGCGCACCCAAAAUUUUUUACUGGAACUUUCGACGAAGCUAUCAAAGAAUCAUGUUUAAAACCUGCUAAAGACCGUAGACUCCUAGCUGUCUAUUUGCAUCACGAUAACAGCGUAUUAACUAAUGUUUUCUGUACACAACUAUUAGGUUGUGAGACAGUUCUGCAACUUUUAUCAGCAAAUUUUAUUGUGUGGGGAUGGGACUUCACAUAUGAGAGUAACAUGCAGAAAUUUUUCCACUCUGUUACCCAAUCUUUGGGAAUGAUUGGCUCUGAAGCUGUACGGAAUAUUGAUGUUGACACUUUACCUGUACUGAUGAUUCUAAUGAGGUCGAGGUCAACAACAGAAAUUUUUACCAUUGUAAACGGCAAUGUGGGAGUUAACGAGUUGCUGAUAAACUUAAUUCAUGCAGUGGAUGUUUUCCAGGAACAAAAAAGUGCCGAUAUUGGAGCGGAAGAGGAGAGACAGGCAAGGGAAAAGGUUAAGCAGGAGCAGGAUAAAGCAUAUCAGGAGAGUUUAGCUGCAGAUAGAGCUAAGGAAGAAGCAAAACGGCUUGAGAAACAGCAAAAGGAACAAGCAGAGAAUGAGAGACUUGCUGAGGAGGCGAGAAAAGAAGCCCAUAGACUUGCGGUAGAAUCCAGCUUGCCGGCAGAGCCCGAUGCAGAUUCGUCCGAUGGCGUUUUGAAAAUCAAGGUCAGACUACCAGGAGGGAAGUUUUUAGAACGCAGAUUCCGACCGGACACACCAUUACAGACACUUCUCAAUUUUCUUAUAGUCGAAGGAUAUCCUACAGAAGAGUAUAAGGUCUUGUCUAGCUGGCCUCGAAGAGACCUUACAUUUAUGGAUACCAAGCGCACGCUAUCGGAACUCAAAUUCUGCACACAAGAGACCGUAAUUUUAGAAGAAAGAUAAGUUGUUAAAAAUGUUUUUCCUACG